AUGAACAUGCGAGUGCAAGUUCAAAACGAUCCAUCCGCACAAGUGUUUUCUAAACAACUGUUGGAUAUUGAAAACGGGGAAAUUGAACUGUACCAAAAUACACAUUACAUAAAACUGCCAGAUGAUUUCUGCACUGCCGUUGAAACGAAAAGUAAACUCAUUGAGAGUGUCUUUCCGGACAUAUUAAAUAAUUAUUUAAAUCAUAAUUGGCUCUGCAAUCGUGCUAUUUUGGCUGCCAGAAAUGUUGAUGUAGACGAAAUAAACUUUCAGAUACAACAGUUGCUGCCGGGUAAUCUGAUGUCUUUCAACUCAAUCGAUACAGUUGUUGAUGAAAACGAAGCAGUUAACUUUCCAACCGAAUUUUUAAAUUCUCUGGAUAUUCCAGGGAUGCCACCGCACAAUCUACGUUUGAAAAUUGGUUCAGCAAUUAUACUUCUCCGAAAUUUAAACCCUCCUAAAUUAUGCAACGGCACACGUUUAGUUAUCAAAAGAAUAACGGGAAAUGUUCUUGAAGCUACAAUUUUAACAGGAAAGUUUAAAGGUGAAACUGUUCUACUGCCACGCAUUCCAUUAAUAGCUACAGAAUCUCCAAUACCAUUUCGAAGGCUUCAGUUUCCAAUUCGUUUAGCUUUCGCUAUAACCAUAAAUAAAUCACAAGGCCAAACAAUGUCAGUUUGCGGACUGGACUUGGAAAACACAUGUUUCUCUCAUGGGCAACUAUACGUCGCCUGCUCACGCGUGGGAAUACCAUCGAAUUUAUUCGUUUUUGCAAAAAACAGAUUAACGAAAAAUAUUGUGCACAAAUUAGUUCUUAUGUAA